AUGGAUGCCCAGGCUGCCACGUCGCUAGAAAACCUGCGAAACCCUUCCAAAAGAUCGCGGAAGGAUUUCCAGAGCGACAGCGUCCGAUCCACCAUCGGAAAGAUCGAACCCUUGGAUAAUCCGCGGAAGAGCUUCCCAUUCCUGUUAUGGGAUGGGAAGGAAGACGAAAUACCGACAUUUCUCCCGCUCCCAUCGACCCCUGUGCGGUUUGCCAACGAGCUGCCGCAACUCCUGGCGCGAAUUGAGGACCACGACGCGGACCGAGACAAAGCGCUGGCAUACGCCGAUCAUGUUUUGUCGCUUCCACGCGACAAUAGAGAUUUUUUGCGAGUUGUGUAUGGGGUUGAUGGCUCAGCUGAGUGUCACUCUGACAUGAAUGAUGUGUAUGGUGCAUUUGCAGUUUGUUUGGACAAACGAACAAAAGAGGGGGAUUUCUGUGGAGAAGCCCAGGGGUUCUUUGUGAAAAGGGCACCGUCCAUUCAGUGGUUAGAGCUGAUGGCGAUCACGGAAGCGGUACACCAGACUGUGCUGAGGUUACGACUAUCAACUUCCCACCGCCGUGGUGAACUCUACAUAUUCAGCGAUUGCGCCAAUGUGCUGAGUUUUCUGAAGAGGGAGCCUAACAGCACGCUUCGCGAGAAAUUGAUCUUGACGCCGGUUUAUGACUAUCUGGUAGCACUAUCACAAGAGUUGCACCAAAGGGGCAUCGGAUUGAUUAUCGCCUGGAUACCAGGACACAACCACCACAUCACAUGUCAUGCGCGAAGCGACAAGAAAUCACGGAAUCUACGGAGGCAAUGUCAAAAGAGGCUGCAUGAGCUUCGCGAUCAGGCUGCGACAGCUCCAAAGCCAAUUGCGUACUUCGCACCAUCGAAACACAACUCCAUAUAUGGCCAAUCCUGCAUGCAAGAGACACAGCAGCUGUCGAGGACUUCGAGAAUGCCUACCCUUAUCUGAGCCUUUUCAAACCAUCAGAAAUCUACGAAGUGCUGUAUGAGUACUACAUUGCCGCGGUUGAAGCAGGGACAGAGACUGCGGAGCAAGUUCGGUGUCGAAGGGAGGAUCUCUUAAGGAUUAUGUGGCGAAGAUGGGGAUAAAGAAGGACUACUCACGGAUACACACGGGCACCUGGGAGAUACGCCGAACUUUGAUUUCUGUAGACUAUGUAACGAGAAUGCUUGUAAGCAUAGCUAACCGGCCUUGAUGCGGUUGCCUCG